CAAUCAACCCCUUAGUUCAAACUUUCCUUUUCACAAAAAGGUAGCAAUUAAUGAAAGUUUGUUUCACAACUUUGCAAGGACGUUUGCAACCCUCUCUUUUCCUUUAUAUAUAUAGAGUCAUACUUUCCCGAGAAAAUAUAGGAACUAAACAACAAUGGAAAAAUAUGAUCAAAAUUUGAUUUCCAAAAAACAGCGGAUAGAUUAUGCGACUACCAAAGAUAUCCCAAACCUUAAAGGCGAGGGUUGUUCUAAGGUCGCCGAAUCUGCCUUCGCAACAAAAAAAUGUGCGAACAGUUUAGUCUACAGAUUGUCCUUCAAGGGUUUGGUGAGUGAUGAAACAACGGUAGACAUGAAAGGGACUGUGACGGGUGGAUUUGGGAUAGCGAUCUGCGAUGAGACGGAUAUCUUGUUGCAUGAAAGGAAGGAAUCAUUGAACGGUGCUAUGAUUAAUCGCGAAGAAGUAGAGAUUAUAGCACUUAUUACUGGGUUAAAGGACUCAAUUCAAUUGGAGUUUAGAAAUGUCAUGAUUUGCUGCGAUGACCAUCAAAUUUACCAAAUCAUAACUGGUGGACAGAAGCCUCAACAGAACAUUGUCCAUCUUGUGGAAGAAGUCCAACGCCUUAGAGGGGAACUGGCUUCUACUGAAGUUGUUUUGGUUGCGGAAACUGAUGUUAACUAUGUUCUUAGACUUGCAAGAGAGGCACUACAGAGAAAAACUUGUGACAUUUGUUGUGAAGACACCGAUGCUGAUCGCAUGUUCUUGACUGACAAAUGCUUUCACCGCCAUUGCUUUUCUUGCGUGAAAAAGCAUGUGGAAGCGAAUCUGCUUAUCGGAAUUUCACCCACAUGCCUUGGAAAUGGAUGCAAGUUUGAGCUCACUCUUGAAAGCUGUAGCAUGGUUUUGACACCAAAGCUGAUUGAGAUGUGGAAACGAAAGAUGGAAGAGGACUUAAUUCCCGCUGCGGACAAAAUCUAUUGUCCAUAUCCAAGCUGCUCAAAGUUGAUGUCCAAAACCGCGCUUUCCCGUGAAACCAACCAAUCAAAUGUCCGGGCAUGUGUCAAAUGCUGUGGACUCUUCUGCAUUGAGUGCAAAGUACCACCGCAUCCUGAUUUGUCGUGUGCUGAUUACAAGAAACUUAACCCUGAACCUCUAUUUGAUGACAAGAAGCUCAAGUCUCUAGCAAACGACAAGAAAUGGCGUCAAUGUGUCCAGUGUAGCCAGUUGAUUGAACUUCGUGAGGGUUGCAACCACAUUACUUGCAGAUGUAGAUAUGAGUUUUGCUACGUAUGUGGGAACGAAUGGAAGGAGAACCAACGAUCCUGCACUUCUGGUUGCAAACUUGAUCAUGAUGAUGAUGAUGAGGAUUAUGAUAUUGAUGACAGCGAUGAUGAUGAUGAUGAUGACAGCGAUGAUGAUGAUGAUGAUGAUGAUGACGGAGAUGAUGAUGAUGGCUCAAAAUAUAGCAGUGAAGCGGAAAGAGAUGGGAUUAACUUUGAAGAUUUUGCGGUUUACCAACCCUAAUAUCUCAAAUGAGCAGAAAGAUAAGAGCAACUGAAUUGCUCGGAAGUCAUGUAAUGUUUUCUUUUUCUUUUGAAAUUUAGAUAUAAUAAGAUAAGUCAUGUAAU